AUGUCAACACACGAUUCUCAUCAGCUUAGUUCUUACAACAGUGAUUCUUUAAGUUGGGCUAAUGAAGAUGAAUUAAAUGAAUCAAACGAGUUAAACGAAUUAAAUACAUCUAAUAUACCAGAAGAUGUACAUAACCUAGAUGCUGAAUCAGGUUCGAGUUCUCCUGAUCAACUUCCGUCAAGUGGAGUUACUGUUACUAAUAGUUUAGACCGAAUCCGAGAGAAAGUUGGGUAUGGACUUAUUUUAAGCGAAAUAAAAUUGAAAAAAAAAAUAUAUUGCAAAGUUAUAGUCACAGAUAAGGAUGGUUUGGAAAAAGAAUGUG